AAAGCACUAGUCACAAAAGUUGAUGCAAGCGUCCGGGAUGUGAACAGCCAGAGUUUUGUGGACAUUCUGAAGGCUAAAGAGACUGCUGAGAAUGUCGACUCAAUUGUGAAAAUAUGGAUGGAUAAAAUGGUGGAUGAGGGGAGCACAGAGGCACUGCAAUCUCUGGUACUGUCUGGCUGGGACACCUGGACAGUCACGCCUCAGGAAGCACGGGAGAAGUCCGAAGAUAUGGGGGGAACUCUUUGACAAACUGGAGGAGGUUCAGGACAAGGUGACCAAGCUCCAUGAAGCAAUACGUGAUGGCCGCACUCGUGAUGUCAAGAAUCUGCUUGACAGGAAGUUCUUGGUGAAGGCAGCAGACAAAACUGGACUUGCACCAUUACAGAAAGCUGUUGUUUUCCAACAAGAUGAAAUUGCGAAGUUUAUUGUGUCCGAAUUUAAGGACUCACUAAACCUUACCGAUAAUAUGGGGAGAACAGCUCUGCAUUAUGCCGCAGGAGGCUCUGACUCAGGGAAUCUCUAUCAGAUUCUGAAGGAGGCAGGAGCAGACGAUACUUUAAAGGAUCUUACUGGAAAGACUCCAGCUGACUACCUGACAGACCCAAAGGAAGUGCUAGCAGAGACGUUGAAGAGCCGUCUGGUUCUGAUUGUGGGCACACCAACACAGACUGAUAGUGGUCAGUCUGCUGAAACAGCUGACCAGUCCACCUCAGCUGUACCUCAGACUCCAGAAUCUGCAACUGAAGAAGUCGACAAAGUGACCACACCACUGAAAUCAGAGAAGAGUGAGCCAAUCAGAAUGUACAUCUCCUCCGACAUAUAUGAGAAGAAGGAUGUCCCUGCACCGAGUACAGUAGAUGGGAAGUAUGUGUCGUACAACCUCGGCUCAGCUCUUACACUGGCACUGGCCGAGGUUGCUGAGAAGCGACCCUGGGACCCUAUUGAGUACCUAGCACAGUGGCUGUACAAGUACAGGGAGAAUAUAGACUUCAACAAAAAGCAAGAGAGGCUGAUGAAGGAAAUCCGGGAGAAGGAGGCAGACUUGGAGGCUCAGGAGCAGCAGCGGGCCAAGAGGAAGGAGGAGCAGAUGCAGCUGCAGGAGGAGGAAGAGGCACGUCGUAGACAGGAGGAAGAAGAUGAGAGGAAGAGAAAAGAGCAGGAAGAGCUGCAGAGGAAGGCAAAGGAAGCAGCCCUGUCACAGAAGCCCCAGCUUCCGACAGUGACAGAGGAAGGAGAAGAAGACACCAUGAACAAGGACCGAGAUGAGGAAGGACAGACAGAACUUCAUAAACUGGCAGCCCAGCAAGGAGCUGACCUCAUUGCCCUUCUCAAUAUGGGCUACAGUCUCGCAGACAGGGAUUCCAACAACCGCACUGCCAGAGAUGUUGCUGAAGAAAAUGGCAUCACUGAAAACGUUGAGUCUUUAGACUCGUAUGUGACCAAUCUGCUGGAGCAGGAGAACCUGGACAGUCUGCAGCAGCUCCUGCUGGAUGGCUACGACAAACUCACCGACGUCAUUGACAGAGUCAGCACAGAGGGUCUGCCAGAGGUUGUCACCGACUUUGUCAAGGCUAUGCCAGACUUCAACGAAAAAAUCUCCCUAGUAUUCAAAGCAGUACAUUCUGGUGUGCUGCGAGAGGUGAUUCAGGCUCUGGAGCGGAAGAAGUUGGCUAUAGCUAAAGACAAGUACGGAAGGUCACCUCUUCACAUAGCUGUAUUAUCUCAACACAUGGACAUCAUCAACCACAUCCUCUCCAACUUCCCCAUCUCAGUCAGGUGCAGAGACAAUUUGAACAGAACACCCUUACACUACGCCAUGGCAAUAUCAGAUGAGGUUGCUACCCUCUUGCAGGAAAGUGGAGCAGACGCACAAGCCAAAGAUGUUAAACAACGAACACCAUCUUAUUACAAAGAUGAGAAAGCUGACAUAUUGGCCUUGAAAGACACACUUGAGUCAGGAGAGAGCUCACAGGAAGCAGACGAAACAGAGAAAGGGGAGACAACUGACUGAAAGGGACAAAACAUCAACAAGAGAGUGGGUCAAAUAAUGGAACAAUGGAUUCUUUGUGAAGGAUGAACACACUUGAAUUUUUAUACAGUGAUAGCCCCUUUCAACAAAUAGACACAUUGUCCAAUGUGGCACCAAAGACUGUCUUAUUUCACCAGUAUUAAUGUAUGAUAUACAGUAUGUAUUUUCUAUGCCAAGAAGUCUCCAUGUUGUCACUGAUGUUGUUUUCAUACUAGAUCCUCCGUGCUCAAGACAACAAAUCUGUUUACUAUUCAUUCAGACAAGAAUAAACAAUUCACUGCUUGGUGAGAUGGACUAUAAGCACAUUGAUUCAUUCCUUGUCUCUGUACAUCCUCCUGGUUAAAGACUGAAGUACAAUGUAUCAACAAGAUCGUAUAAAGACAACCAACUUAACAAAUCAUAGUUUUGAACACUUAAUGAUUUUUGUAUGCAUGGUAACCAUGGUAACAAGUCAUUGAGGUGUUGUUUACCACAGAUCUACGCAAUCAUGUGUACACCUGUUUAGUUCCAGCUCACUGAUCUGUAAAUGCUGUGUUUUAGAUUAAUGUCAGGAUGGGUGGACAGGGGUACUGGCAGAUGCUGGCUAGUGAGGUUUAACAUUCACAAAUUACUAUCAGUUUGCCGCUAUUUGUCACAUACUGCUGAGGCAGAGACCUGGGCCCCAUUUCACAAACCUAUCGUAGCGUUGCAACUGUCAUAAGUCCUAUACUGUAACAUAGACUUAUGUAGCGCUACGAUAACUUUGUGAAACAGGGCCCUGUACAGUAUUUCCUUGGCAACUUGGCAUUAUUUCUUUAAUAUUCUAUAACAUCUAACUACUUGGGACAACAGAUGUGAAACUAUUCUUCUUCCUGUCAUUAGUGCCUCUAAGGACGGAACUGCUAUAAACAUGCAGCACUGUACACAUCUUGAACUCAAUUUGACAGCUUUACAACAAAAACAUUCAGUAGUUCUUUACAAGUGUCAGGUGUAGAUUAAAAUUGAAAGUAUUCUUGUACAGUUCACAUUUCAUGAAAGUGUACUACACAGAGUGAAAGAAAAGACAAAGUUUUUAAAUAUCAAUAUUAUCAUGGGAGGAAUAUCUAGAAUUUGCAAAAUAUCUAUAUACACUUUAUUUCUACCACUAAAAUAGAUUAUUAAGACAAGUUUACUAAACCAAUCAUGCCUUUUGUGAUAAUGGUUAUAAUUUAUGCAUCCUUUACUUUAUAGCAGUCUCCAUCUAAAUGUAUAUGUUACCUCGUGUUACUAUGGUUACAUUAGUAAGUUGUCCAAAUAAUUCCUCAUCCAUAUCUGUCAUAUAUGAGUCACUUGUUAUCCUCUGUUACAUUCUGUUACCAUGGAUAAUGGGGUUCGACUGUGGACAUUCUUCUGUGAUAUUUGUCAUGUCCAUGUAUAUUCAUGUUAUGUUUAGAGCAACCCAAAAUGUUUUUACCUAUUCACAUACCUAUACAUAAAAUGACUAAAAGAAAAA